GGUUAUGGUCGACUCUUUCUAGGCUCAUUUCUAGGGGACAGGUCCACGUUUUGGGCGCGUGCUUUCGCCUCUAAAUGUGUGUUACAUUCAGGGGUGAUGUGAAAUCGCCGUGGUGCACAGAAGCACAAACCAGGAGUAUCACUCAUAAGGGUCAGAGGUUGAGAUUUGGCUCCACCAGUCACAGGCUGACAGAGACUGAGGCUACAUCUCAAACCAGAGCACGCCGUGAGUGGCGGGUGAGAUGACACGCCCCCACUGGAUUGCCUCGCUCAGCCUCCCACUCUGGUGGCUUUUACUGACACACGGGUACAGACAGGAAGUUCGAGCGGGGGAGAAUUCCAAGGACUGUAUCCAGCGCAACAUCAGCUCGUGCCCGUGUCCUCCAAUAAAAGGUUCCCGGGGAUCUCCUGGUGCUGUUGGGGAAGAGGGUAGAAUGGGGGCUCCAGGUCCACAAGGACCUCAGGGGCAACGUGGACUGAAAGGACGCCGCGGAUCUGAAGGACUUCCUGGGGUUGCUGGACCACAGGGAGAUACAGGCGCUCCAGGAAUACCUGGAAAUCAUGGACAAGAUGGAUACAAUGGUCUUCCUGGAGCUACUGGCCCUCACGGUCCUCCAGGAUUAGAUGGCUGUAAAGGACCCAGAGGAGAUCCAGGAGUGGAUGGCUAUCCAGGACCAAAUGGUGGAAUCGGACUACGAGGUUGUCAAGGACCGAAGGGACUCAAAGGAGAGCCUGCAUGCAAAUAUUUUAUGAUUCCCGGUCAGCGUGGUUGCGAUGGACCUCCUGGUGAUCCUGGACCUCAAGGACUUCCUGGACCUUGUGGCCCACAAGGUGCGCCGGGGAAGCCUGGAGACCCGGGAUUACCGGGUAGAAAUGGUGUUUCAGGCACUCGAGGUCCUCCAGGAGACACAGGAAAAGCGAUUCCUGGUCCAAGUGGAGAGGAGGGAGAUCCAGGGCCAGCGGGCCCUCCAGGCCCUUUCGAAAUACUUGAGGCAUUAGAAGAAUAUUUCCCCAAAGGACACAAGGGGGAUAAAGGACCUGAAGGAGUCUGUGGAAUGCCUGGAUGUAAAGGAACUAUCGGACCUGCAGGGCAAAGAGGAGAGAAAGGCACCGCUGGCUAUCUAGGACCUACAGGAGAAUGUGGCUCUCCUGGGCAUUCUGGCAGACCAGGAAUUCAGGGUGAACAAGGAAACCCUGGACUCCCUGGUCAAACUGGCUGCCCUGGACUAAAGGGAAUCUUGGGUGAUCCUGGUCCACAAGGGCAAACAACAUGUUUCUCUUAUAAAGCAGGUUACAUCGGUGAGCAAGGAUGUCCUGGGCCCCUCGGUAUCAGAGGAGAGAUGGGAUUGAUGGGCCUGCCGGGCCCUCCUGGUCCACCAGGACCAUCUAUACCAGGCCCCCCAGGCGGCCCAGGGACGGUGGGUCCUCGAGGUUUUCAAGGUGAAAAAGGAGAGCCAGGAAAGAGAAGCACCGUGCAUGUCCCAGGAGAACCUGGGAAACCGGGGCUUCAAGGGCCAAAAGGCAUUCAAGGGGCUCCCGGACCCCAUGGAUCCUUCUGCAUCCCCGGCCAAAGAGGAGAUCCUGGUGCUGAAGGAGAUAGAGGACGACCUGGUCCAACAGGCAUUCGUGGGAGGAAAGGUGAUAAUGGGUACUGUGCUUGUGAGGUCAGUAAUAUUUAUGGCCAUAAGGGUUUCCCAGGUGAACCUGGGGAUCCUGGUGCUCCAGGACUGCAUGGGCUUCCCGGUGCACAAGGUGAAAUUGGACCUGAUGGAGAUCCUGGACCACGAGGAAGUUUUGGUUUUCCAGGUUUUCCAGGUAGGAUGGGGAUGAAAGGAGAAAAAGGAGACCUGUAUAUGAUGAACAUCAAGGGUCAAAAGGGACAGUCUGGAACACCAGGGACUGCUGGUUAUCCAGGAAUCAAUGGCAUAAGUGGUUAUUCUGGGUCUCCUGGGCCUGCAGGUGAUUGUGGUCCAGAGGGUGACAGUUUUACAGGUUUUCCUGGUGAUAGAGGUUGUCCAGGAAAUAUGGGCUUCAAAGGUGAAAGAGGUCCCUGUGGACCACAAGGCCCAGGCAUUCCUGGGCCAGUAGGUCUUCGAGGAAAAGAAGGUGAGCAGGGACCUCCAGGACAGAGAGGAGUUGUUGGGCGUAAAGGAAACAAAGGUGAUAUGCAACCCUGUAUACCUGGCAGUCCUGGACUCCGUGGACCAAAGGGAGAGUGUGGUGACCAAGGGCGCAUAGGAGUGCAGGGCGAUCCAGGGCCUCGUGGGGAUGAUGGAAUUAAUGGACCAAAGGGAGAGAAAGGAAACCUUGGAUAUCCUGGUCCAAAUGGCCCUACAGGGCUAUGUGGAUCUCAGGGGGAUCCUGGAGACGUUGGAACCGACGGCAAUAGUUUGAGUGGAGAGCCAGGGAUACCUGGCAAUCCUGGACCCCCUGGGUUAAAAGGAUGCAUUGGCGACUCAUUGGUAGGAAAUCGAGGGCCAGUAGGCCCUUUAGGGUUCGAAGGCUCUUUAGGACCUAAAGGAGUCCCUGGAGCCCCAGGGUCACUUGGUGGACAAGGCUCUCCUGGUGUACCUGGAGCUCGAGGUAGGAAAGGAGAGCCAGGAGGAAAUGGUCAGCCUGGGAGAGAGGGGUCUGUUGGCCCAUGUCCAGUACAGUGCGAUACUGGAGAAAUGGGCGACUCGGGACUGCCAGGAGACCAAGGCUGUAGUGGAAAUCCAGGUGAACGUGGUGUGAAGGGAAGUGCCGGACCACCUGGCCUUCCAGGAAGGGGGCUGAAAGGUUGUGCUGGGAAACCAGGCCCACCUGGUGCUCGGGGAUACUGUGGUCCUCAGGGAUGCCCAGGAACAGAAGGAGAUCCUGGAGAUCCUGGUCUUAAAGGAUUGAAAGGUUUUCCUGGACAACCCGGAAGCGACGGCUUCCCUGGUGGCCUAGGUGAGUGUGGACGUCAAGGACCACCUGGCAUAAAAGGCGAUAAAGGCAUCGAUGGGAGGCAAGGUUGUCCUGGGGAGAUAGGAGAGAAAGGAGAGAAAGGUUCCUAUGGAUUUCCUGGUAUGCCAGGAGAGAUUAUCGUGAAUGCUGUAAAGGGGACGAAGGGGCCACCAGGAGUGCCUGGGCUAUGCGGCCUCACUGGUCCCCAAGGUGAUAAAGGUGUGAAGGGACAACAAGGUCCAAAUGGUUCUCCAGGGUAUUGUGGACCUCCAGGUUAUGAGAACGGUCCUCGGGGGCCACAAGGUCCCGGUGGAAAGCCAGGUAUACCUGGACUCCAUGGUUUACCAGGGUUAAAAGGCUAUAGCGGAAUUUGCGGAGGACAUGGAGAUCCAGGUGACCCAGGCUUGAAUGGAUCUCCAGGAAACCCGGGUUUCCCUGGAUUUAAUGGGCCGAAAGGUGAAAGAGGAGAUUCUAUAGGUACACCAGGACCUCCAGGUCUAAGAGGCCCACAUGGACAAAAUGGCUCCCCAGGUCCUCCAGGGGAUCAGGGAGAGUCAGGAGAGACGGGUCCACCUGGUCAGUGUGGAUAUCCUGGCAAACCUGGUCCUGUUGGAAAUCGGGGACCAUGUGGACCUCUGGGUGUAAUUGGUCCCCCAGGACCCAGAGGAAAAUGUGGCGCCGAGGGUCCUUCAGGGCCUCCUGGACCUCCUGGAACUACUGGACCAUCAGGCCACUGUGGCCCACCAGGUUGUCCAGGGCCACCAGGACUGCGUGGAUUGGAUGGAUUAGAGGGAGUGAAGGGUGAACCAGGGUCACAGGGACUAGGUGUACCUGGGGAAAGGGGGCCUAAGGGUCUGACAGGUGAAAGGGGUUGUUCAGGAGACCCUGGGCCACAGGGUCCUGUCCAGCAAGGGGUCAAAGGCUGUCAGGGCCCGCCUGGAUUGCCAGGUGAUGCUGGUUGUCCUGGUCCUCCUGGUCCUUAUGGCAGGGCCUGUGAGAACCCAAGACAAGGACAGUGUGGUGAAGCAGGCUUUAUGGGUAGUGAUGGCCCACCAGGACUUAGGGGACCUAUGGGACCGGCAGGACUGGCAAUACCUGUGCAGGGGGAAGAGGGGGACCCAGGUACACCGGGUCUUCCCGGAGCUAAAGGGCCAAGAGGUGAUUGUGGUCCCUCUGGCCAGGUGGGGGUUUCAGGCCCCCAAGGACGGAAAGGUGAGAAAGGAGAUCCAGGGCUUCUUGGAAAUCCUGGACCUUCUGGCUUACCAGGAACAAACGGCAACCCCGGGUUCAAGGGCCCUAGAGGACUAAACGGAGAUAAAGGUUCUGCUGGAGAAGCAGGGGAAAUUAUUCAUAUGAAGGGCAGACCGAUUCAAGGUCCAUAUGGGCAUCCUGGGCCUCCUGGUGAGCCUGGCUUUCAAGGACUUACAGGAAUUCAGGGCAGUAGGGGGCUGAGAGGGGUAAAAGGCUCAGUGGGAGAUCAAGGGUUGGAUGGUCAACCUGGCUCCCUUGGCUAUACUGGACCUCCUGGAGACCCAGGAGAGACGGGUGCCAGAGGUUUACAAGGCAGUCAAGGCAAACAAGGACCUCAAGGGGAUAAAGGUCCUGCUGGCCCCUCUGAGAGGUUCAACUCUGGCUUCCUAUUGGUCAUCCACAGCCAAACAGUAGUUGUACCUGUGUGUCCUGAAAAUAUGUCCAAGCUGUGGGAGGGAUAUAGCCUACUGUACCUGGAGGGGCAAGAGAAAGCUCACACACAAGACCUAGGUCAGGGUGGUUCCUGUAUGCGUAUGUUCAGCACUAUGCCCUUUUCGCGCUGCAACCUGCAUGCCUGCCACUAUUCCAACCGCAAUGACAAAUCCUAUUGGCUUUCCACCAAUGCUUCAGUAUCCACCUCGCCUGUGUCUGGGCUGGAGAUCCAGCCACUCAUCAGCAGGUGUGUGGUGUGUGAGGCUCCAUCAGUGGCCGUUGCCAUUCACAGCCAGGACACAUUCAUACCCCGGUGUCCGCCGAAUUGGAGGAGCCUCUGGUUUGGAUACUCAUUCCUUAUGCACACUGGGUCUGGAGAUGAAGGAGGCGGCCAGUCUCUCACAUCGUCGGGAAGCUGCCUACAGAAUUUCUUCACGCAUCCAUUUGUGGAGUGCCAGGGCCCACAGGGCACAUGCCACUACUUCCUCAACCUCUACAACUUUUGGCUCAUACGUUUGGAUAAGCAGGACAUGAGCCCGGAUUCGAUGAUCCUAAAAGGAACGGCCGAGCAGCGUGAUCAUGUUAGCCGAUGCAACGUCUGCUUGAGGGAGUGAGACCAUUCCAGGUUUAUAACACUACAUGCCCUCCUUUGUGUUGCUACAGAGGAUGUGAGUUGGGUGGAGUCAUAAUAACUCAUAUUGAAAAAAAGAAAGAACUGAACAGUUUGUGAUUAUUCACACUGAAGAACAACUGUGAACAAGUUUGUAUACACUUUUCAUCUCUACACCUAAUACUUGAGAGUUCAAGCAGUGUUUUAUAUCUAGUGAUUCUGAUUGCCUUGUCUCAAAUUACUGGCUAGUUUUUUUAAAAAAAAAUCAAUUAGUCAAUUGUCGUCAGCCCUGUCAGCGCUGGCAUUUUGAAUUCCACAAAAGUUCAACAUCAAAACUCUCUUCACAUGACUUUACAUCUGUGCAGCCAAACUAAGAGAUAGAAUGCCUUGCAUAAGUAUUCACCCCCCUGUUCUUUAACAACUUUUGUUGAAUUACAACCUGGAAUUGAAAUGGACUCGAUGAUUUACACAAUACUGUAUGUCUAACAUUUGUUGGUGCAAAAUAUUUAUAUUGUCACCAAGUAAACAUACUUAUAUACUUAUAUACCUAUAUAAAAUACUUGGUAGAAUCACCUUUGGCUGCAAUUACAGCUGCAGGGAUUAUGUCUCAAUCAAUUUUGCACAUCUGGUUCCUGACCAUUUUCGCCAUUCUUCUCGACAAAACUGCCGAAGCUUUUGUCAGAUUGGAUGAAGACAGUUAGUGAACAGCAUUUCUCAAGUCUUGCCACAGAUUCGUAAAGGGAUUGAGGUCUGGGGCAUUCUAACACGUUCGGGUUCUUGGUUUUGAACCACUCCAUUGUAGCUUUGGCAGUACACUUGGGAUUAUUGUCAUGUUAGAAGGUGAACCUCCACUCUAGUCUAAAGUCACUUGCAGAUUGGAACAGAUUUUCUUCUAGGAUUGCCUUUUAUUUGGCUCCAUCCAUCUUGCCUUUAACCCUGACCAGUUUCCAAAUUCCUACUGAUGAAAAGCAUCUCCACUACAUACAGUAGUGCUACCACCACCAUGCUUCACUAUGUGGAUCAUGUUCUCUGGGAGAUGAGUGGGUUUCUACCAACCCUAAUGCUUUGUACCAAGGCUAAAAAUUUCAAUUUUGAUGUCAUAAAACCAGAGAAGCUUUUUCCACAUUUGCUGAGGCUCCAAUAUGCCUUUUGGCAAACUCGUAUGGCCUUUUCUCUUCUCACAGGGUAUAAAUACUUACGCAAGGCACCUUAGCCUUUUAUAACAAGAAUAGAAAACUAUCAGAUUCUUUAUAGAUUCAAAUUAUUGUAAAUGCUGGAGGGAAAGCAUUGAUAAAAGGAGGUGUGCCACUUUUACUAUGGGUUCAGUCAUUUGGAUUCACCACCAGAAAAAACAAUGGUGCUAAAUGUCAUUACGUAGCAUUUCCACCUACUGAGCAUCAAAUGCUCAGUUUCUUCUUUAUCAUUUAUCUUAUUUUCUCUUACCUUUUAGCUGUGGCUUCCACAGAAUCUUGUAGCCAUCUGUCUCUCAUGUUAUCCCUCUGCAUCACCACUUUUGUUUACUCUCCGCUGGACCUCAGUGUGCAUGCAAAUACUCAUAUUUCAUGGUUGCAUUUAACGGCACAUUUCAAUAUUUGCACUUUAUUGGUUAAUAUGUUUAGAUACUCAAGUGCUUCAUCUUUUCUCCUUUGUUUUUUUGGAAAUCUCUCAUCUUUUUCCCUGGGAAAGUAAUCUAAAAACACCAGCCAUGAAUGGUUGUUAAAGAAUCUUCCCUAAAGUAGAUUCAUUUUGUGUUUCUGUUUAUGGUGCUGUUACGAAUCAUUAUCCAUCACAUAUGACUGUGGAUAUGGGAACUUUUAGACAUUAUAUAUUCUACUGUAUGUAAAUAUGUUUCACUGUUGAAACUGAUUCUUUAUCAUUUUUUUUAUUUAUUUAGGAAGAGGUAUUUUGUAUGGAAGCCCUGAACCAAAAGUUGUUUUUAUUUAUUUAUCAUCUCAAGAACUAGAUACUUCACGUGAUGUUUAUUCCAUAUGCACUUUCCCGGACAGUAAGUAAGCCAGACAUUGCUUUAGCGGAAUUCAGUUGACACAUACACUAAUCUAAUCUACAAUGUAAUGAUUGGUAAUUCACUAAAAAUGUUUUCACGUAUGGUACGUCAAGUGAAAAAUACUCAAAAUUGCCGCUAUGACCAUUAUGGAAUUCCAGAAAUUUGUUAGGAGUCUAAAUAAUUUGUCAGAAGCUAGCUGAAAUGAUGUUUUAGCUUAUGUCACUACUUAGCUAGCUGCUAACUUGCUAGCCACUAAGCCAGCCUUUCUAGCUACCGUACCUAUCCUUAGUAUCUCGUGAACAGUAUUCUAGCUGCUUUCUAGCUGCUUUUCAGCAGAACUUUGGCUAGCUCGGGAUCCAUCCUCAGGUAGAAGACUAAACUAGCGAUAGUGAGCAGCUAUAAAAGUUCUGGUGUAUGAUGAAACGUUUUUUGUAUAUUUACAUUUAUACUUACGUUACAUUCUCACUUACGUUAUAUCAGCUGUAAACAUAUUGCCGUUCCCUCAACAGCUUCUCUUUUUUUCCUCUCUCUCGACAUUAAUAAGACAAAAAAAAAAUCACAGCUUGUCGUGGUACCCGCAGACUACGGUGACGGAAAAGUCUUUUUUUACGUGACGCUUUUUCUAAUCUGUCCAAAAUAAGGAACCUUAGAAGACAGACGCUUUCUGAAAGAAACAGACUUUAUCUUACAGACGAAGGUAGUGAGGAUAACUCACGUUAAACACGUAAAAAACCACAGAUUAUCACUAAUGUUGGACUCGUAACCACGUGGAUACCAAACACACACCUGUGGACGUUCAGGACGUGGAAAUUUCGUGGAAAGCCGUCCCGUUCAGAGUCACAGCAACAGAACGACACUAGCAGAAACACUGUUCAGCCAGCACUAAGAGUUUAUUUCUUUUGUUUGCUUGUUUUUUUACAAAGUGACCAUUUAGCUGUCGUUGCAGUUUCAAUAAAAGACACUGAGUUCUGAAAUUCA